UCUACCUAUAUAUAAACAACUAGCGUAUCUACGUUCCAAUACCCUCUUUCACUCCAUCUCUAUAUCUUCUUCUUCGGCUCUUCUCUCUUUGCUACUAUCUCUCGUCCGAAAUGGCGUUACAGAACGAGGACAAUAAGAAAGAAGAAAACAAAAAGACAAAGAAGAAGUGGCAGAAGAGUUACUUCGAUGUGUUGGGAAUCUGUUGUCCGUCGGAGGUUCCUAUUAUCGAGAAUAUUCUCAAGUCUCUCGACGGCAUUAAAGAAUAUUCCGUUAUCGUUCCGACUAGAACGGUGAUCGUAGUCCACGACAGCCUCCUCAUCUCUCCAUCCCAAAUUGCUAAGGCACUGAACCAAGCUAGGUUAGAAGCAAACGUGAAAGUAGACGGUAAAACCAGCUUCAAGAACAAAUGGCCAAGCCCUUUCGCGUUGAUUUCCGGCAUACUCCUCCUCCUCUCCUUCUUGAAAUUUGUGUACUCGCCUUUUCGAUGGGUCGCUGUCGCAGCCGUGGCCGCCGGUAUUUAUCCGAUUCUUGCCAAAGCCGUUGCUUCUAUAGGAAGAUGCAGGGUCGACAUCAACAUCCUGAUCAUUAUAACUGUGGCUGCAACACUUGCAAUGCAAGAUUUCAUGGAGGCAGCAGCAGUUGUCUUCUUAUUCACCAUAGCUGAGUGGCUUGAAACAAGAGCUAGCUACAAGGCGAACGCGGUAAUGCAGUCUCUAAUGAGCUUAGCUCCACAGAAGGCAAUAAUAGCAGAGACUGGAGAAGAAGUUGAAGUAGAUGAUGUUAAGGUUAACACAAUUGUAGCAGUUAAAGCUGGUGAAACCAUACCAAUUGAUGGAACUGUGGUUGAUGGAAACUGUGAAGUAGAUGAGAAAACCUUAACAGGGGAAGCAUUCCCUGUGCCUAAACAGAAAGACUCUACGGUUUGGGCUGGAACCAUCAACCUAAAUGGUUAUAUAAGUGUGAAAACAAUUGCUUUAGCCAGUGAUUGUGUGGUUACCAAGAUGGCUAAGCUUGUAGAAGAAGCUCAGAGCAGUAAAACCAAAUCUCAGAGGCUAAUAGACAAAUGUUCUCAGUACUAUACACCAGCAAUCAUCUUCAUAUCAGGUUGUAUAGCGGCUGUCCCGGCCAUAAUGAAAGUUCACAACCUAAACCAUUGGUUCCACUUAGCACUAGUUGUGUUAGUCAGUGCUUGUCCAUGUGGUCUUAUCCUCUCUACACCAGUUGCUACUUUCUGUGCACUUACUAAAGCAGCAACUUCAGGGCUUCUGAUCAAAAGUGCUGAUUAUCUUGACACUCUCUCAAAGAUCAAGAUCACUGCCUUCGACAAAACCGGGACUAUUACCAGAGGAGAGUUCAUUGUUGUUGAUUUCAAGUCACUCCAUAGAGACAUAAGCCUACGCACUUUGCUUUACUGGGUAUCAAGUGUUGAAAGCAAGUCAAGUCAUCCAAUGGCAGCAACAAUUGUGGACUAUGCAAAAUCUGUUGAUGUUGAGCCUAGAACUGAAGAAGUUGAGGACUAUCAGCUCUUUCCAGGUGAAGGAAUCUAUGGUAAGAUUGAUGGUAAUGAUAUCUACAUAGGGAACAAAAGGAUUGCUUCUAGAGCUAAGUGUUCAACAGUUCCAGAGAUUGAAGUUGAUACCAAAGGAGGAAAGACUAUUGGAUACAUCUAUGUUGGUGAAAGACUAGCUGGAGUUUUCAAUCUCUCUGAUGCAUGUAGAUCAGGUGUUAUUCAAGCAAUGAAGGAACUAAAAGAUCUUGGAAUCAAAACCGCAAUGCUAACUGGAGAUAAUCAAGAUGCAGCUAUGCAUGCUCAAGAACAGCUAGGGAAUGCUCUGGAUGUUGUACAUGGAGAACUACUUCCAGAAGACAAAUCAAGAAUCAUACAAGAGUUCAAGAAAGAAGGACCAACUGCAAUGGUAGGAGACGGUGUGAAUGAUGCACCAGCCUUAGCCACAGCUGAUAUUGGUAUCUCCAUGGGGAUCUCUGGCUCUGCGCUUGCAACACAGACUGGUGAUAUCAUUCUAAUGUCAAAUGAUAUCCGAAGGAUACCACAGGCCAUAAAGAUAGCGAGAAGAGCUCGGCGCAAAGUUGUCCAAAACGUGUUCAUAUCCAUCAUUUUCAAAGUAGGAAUACUGAUUUUGGCAAUUUGUGGUCAUCCUUUGAUUUGGGCUGCGGUGCUGGUUGAUGUAGGGACUUGUCUGCUGGUGAUUCUCAACAGUAUGUUGUUGCUGCGAGAGAAGGACAAGAGCAAGAACAAGAAGUGUUACAGGUCUUCUGUGUUGAAUGGUACGAAACUUGAAGGAGAGGCGGAUGAAGAGGUAGACUUGGAAGCAGGCUUGUUAUCAAAGAGUCAAUGCAACUCAGGAUGUUGUGGUGAUAAGAAAGCUCAAGAUAAGGUGGUGAUGAAGAAACCAAGUAGUAAGUCCAGUUCAGGCCAUGAUCACGCUGGUGGUUGCUGUGGUGAUAAGAAGACUCAAGAGAAGGUGAUGAUGGUGAAACCAAGUAGUAAGUCCAGUUCAGGCCAUGGUCACGCUGGUGGUUGCUGUGGUGAUAAGAAGACUCAAGAGAAGGUGGUGAUGGUGAAACCAAGUAGUAAGUCCAGUUCAGGCCAUGGUCACGCUGGUGGUUGCUGUGGUGAUAAGAAGACUCAAGAGAAGGUGGUGAUGGUGAAACCAAGUAGUAAGUCCAGUUCUGGCCAUGAUCAAUCUGGUGGUUGCUGUGGUGAUAAGAAGACUCAAGAGAAGGUGGUGAUGGUGAAACCAAGUAGUAAGUCCAGUUCUGACCAUGGUCACUCUGGUGGUUGUUGUGGUGAUAAGAAGCAAGAGAAUGUAAAGGUGGUUGUGAAAGAUAGCUGUUGCGCUGAGAAGACUAAUAAACCAGUUGGAGAUAUGGCUUCAUCGAGCUCAUGCAAGAAGUCUACUCAUGUCAACCACGACAUGAAACUGAAAGGUGGAUCAGGUUGUUGUACUAAGGAUAAAGAGAAAGCAGAGAAGAAUGUAGACAUGCAGAUUCUUGGGGAUGAGUUAUUUGAUUUGGAGAAAGGUCUGCAGAAGAAGGCUGGUGAAACUUGCAAGACAAGCUGUUGUGGAACUAAAGAGAAGGCUAAGGAAACGUCUUCUCUGGAGAAGGAUGUGCUGAUUAAGGAGACAGUGAAACAAACCGAGGAGAUAACUCUGGCUUCUGAGGAAGAGACAGGUAGUCUUGAUUGCUGGUUGGAUAGCUGCGACAACAAGACCACAGUGAAGCAAAGCUGCCAUGAGGAGACAAGUCUAGACAUUGAAGCUGGUGUAAGUUGUGAUCUCAAGCUGGCUUGUUGUGGUAGCAUAGAAGGAGGAGAAGUGAAAGAGAAACUUGAUCUUGAGAUAAAGAGUGAAGGACAAUGUAAGUCUGUUUGUUGUGGUGAUGAAAAGCAAACCGGAGAGAUAACUCUGGCAUGUGAGGAAGAGACAGACGGUUCUAAUUUCUCCUCAGGAUGUUGCGGAAACAAGGAGAAAGUGGAACAAAUCUGCCAUCAGAAGGAUUGUCUGGAGACUGAUCUCAAGUUGGUUUGUUGUGGAGACACAGAAGGAGAAGUGAGAGAGGCAUUUGAUCUUGAGAAGGGCAAAGGAGAAUGCUGUGGCAAAGAAGUAACACAAAUCUGUAGUGAGAAGCCUGUUAGCAAAUCCCCUUGCUGUGGAACUGGUUUGAAGCAAGAAGGGUCGUCUAGUUCGGUGAAUGUGGUGGAGAGUGGUAGCAAAGAGCGAGAGAUGGUGAAGGUUUCUAGCCAAAGCUGUUGCACGAGUCCUAAUGAUCUGGUGUUGCAAGUGAAGAAGGUAGAGAGUUGUUGCAAAGUGAAGACUCCAGAGGCUUGUGGAUCUAAAUGUAAGGUAAAAGAUAAGCGUCACAUUGGUAAAAGCUGUUGCAGGAGUUAUGCCAAGGCAUAUUGUACUCACAGGCAUCAUCACCACCACCACGGCCACCACCAUCACCACCAUGUGGGGGCUGCUUGAUGGAGACUGUGAUUGAAUAGCUUUGAAUCUCAGACGCAUCCAUCUAUUCACGUAACCUUUCCUCUUCAACUAGUGUGGUCGAAAAAAUAAAAACAUGUUUUUAUUGUUUUCAGCAAGGACUAGAUUUAGCAACUGUGAUUCAUGAGGAAAAUUCUAGGGAUCCUUGUGUCUUUUUAUGUUUUGAGAUAAUAAUCCUAAAGUACUUCUAUCUUCUAA